CUGCAUGGCAUGUGUGGCUGCAAAUUAAAGACAACGACAAGUAACAGUAAAUAGUCAAAUCGUUGUGAUUUCAUUAAUAUAAUUCAGAUCUGGAGAAUCCAUAUGGUCUAAGUGAUCAAAGGAGAAUUUUGAGAGGAGUGUGUUUAUUCAUAGUGAAGCUAGAAAUGAAUAAGCUCAAAUUAGAAAGGCGAGCAAUCGCAUCUACAAAUCAAAUUAAUUGAUCCAUAUGCAAGAAGUGCUAUUAAAAAAGUUUAACGAUCUAAGAUAGACAAGAUCAGUUAAGCUUGUUUAGCCUAAAUUAAUAGGUUUAUAAUGGCUUCAUCAAGUUCUUGCAACUCUCCUUGUGCUGCGUGCAAGUUCCUGAGGAGAAAAUGCAUGCCUGGCUGCACCUUUGCACCUUAUUUUCCACCGGAGGAUCCACAAAAAUUCGUAAACGUUCACAAACUAUUUGGUGCCAGCAACGUCACGAAGCUUCUCAGCGAAGUCCAACCACACCAGAGAGAAGAUGUGGUGAAUUCUCUUUCAUAUGAAGCUGAAGCCCGGGUAAGAGAUCCUGUUUACGGAUGUGUAGGAAUCAUCUCCAUCCUCCAAAGACAAAUUGAUGUCCUUCAAAAGGAUCUAGAUGCUGCAAAAGCUGAUUUGAUGCGAUAUGCGCGUAACGCUACGCCUGUCAUGCCUCAUUUGAGUUCGAUUCAGCCAGCAACUUCACAGCAUAGAACCAUCGAUCAUUUUUCUGCAAAGAGGAUUGGUGGAUUGUACCAGCCACCACCUCCUUUUCCUAAUCCUUAUGCUAAUCGUCAAUGGAAUUCCUAUAACUCUUUUAAUUCUCGAGAGAAUUUGAGUGGUGGUGGUAGUGGUGGUGCUGGCGGCGGCGUCAGCGGUGAAGGUAAUAUAUGAAGUAGCUUAUUUCCCCUUGUCAGCCAUGAGAGGCAUAUAUAUAAAUCCAAAUCCAAACACCUUGUCAUUUAUACAUGUAAACCAAUGUAACUACUA